CUCAGUUGCAUUGAUCUUUCGUAUCUCAGCCAUAUAAGAUUUCUCUUCUGAUUUUUUCUUGGGCCAUCUCCAUCUCCACCAUCUGAUUUUUUUCUUCCCUUCUUUCUUGCUAUGGGGACCAUCAACGAACAUAGAGAGGAAGAACUGAGACUUGAUCCGACGCCUCUUAAUCCAUCUCCAUCUCCUUUUGGUCCGUCUCCUAUCGAUGCUCAGAAGCUCGACGCCGGCGCUCUUUUUGUUCUCAAAUCUAAAGGUUCAUGGCUACACUGUGGCUAUCAUUUGACAACUUCAAUUGUAGCACCAGCACUUCUGAGCCUGCCAUUUGCGUUUGCCUUCUUAGGCUGGGUGGCUGGAGUUAUGUGCCUGACUAUUGGUGCUUUAGUCACCUUUUAUUCCUACAACCUUCUUUCCCUUGUUCUCGAACACCAAGCACAUCUUGGCCGGCGCCAGCUUCGUUUCAGAGACAUGGCUGAAGAUAUUUUAGGACCAAGGUGGGGCCGCUUUUACGUGGGCCCAAUUCAAUUUGCAGUGUGCUAUGGUGCGGUUGUUGGAUGUACUCUUUUGGGGGGACAAACCCUUAAGUUCAUAUACGUGCUUUCCCACCCAAACGGCCCCAUGAAGCUUUACGAAUUCGUAGCCAUCUUUGGCAUACUAAUGCUGGUUUUGGCUCAGAUUCCGUCUUUUCACUCCCUCAGGCACAUCAACCUCAUUUCAUUGAUUCUAUCUCUAUGCUAUAGUGCAUGUUCGACUGCAGGUGCCAUUUAUGUAGGGAAUUCUUCGAAGGCUCCACCAAAAGACUACUCCAUAACCAACGAAGGAGCAAGUCGCUUGUUUGGCAUCUUCAAUGCUAUUUCUAUCAUCGCUACGACAUAUGGGAAUGGAAUCAUUCCAGAAAUACAGGCAACUCUAGCGCCUCCCGUCAAGGGAAAAAUGUUCAAGGGACUCUGUGUUUGUUACAUGGUCGUAACCGCAACAUUCUUCAGUGUUGCAAUAUCUGGCUAUUGGGCGUUUGGCAAUCAGGCAGCCGGCACUGUCCUCAGCAACUUCUUGGUCGGUGGAAAGUCCUUGGUACCUAAGUGGUUUCUUCUAAUGACAAACAUCUUUACACUCCUUCAAGUAUCGGCCGUCGGUGUGGUUUACUUGCAACCCAUGAACGAAGUGCUCGAACGGAAACUUGCGGACACAAAGAGCAAGCAAUUUUCCACCCGUAAUGUUAUCCCUAGAUUGGUUUCACGAUCGGUAGCAGUCAUUGUUGGAACGAUUAUCGCUGCAAUGCUCCCUUUCUUUGGAGACAUCAACGCGUUGAUUGGAGCUUUUGGGUUCAUGCCUUUGGAUUUUGUUUUGCCUGUGGUCUUCUAUAAUGUGGCUUUCAAGCCAUCCAAACGGGGUCUACUUUUCUGGGGAAAUACCUGUAUUGCGUCGGUCUUUUCAGUGGUAGCGUUGAUGGGUGCAAUUUCCGCAGUUCGACAAAUAAUUCUAGAUGCGAAAACAUAUCGCCUCUUUGCUGAUGUAUAAAGAUAAUCGUAAACCUUUUUUCUUUU